GAAAUAUUCACCCUUCACCUUUGACCUCACUACACAGGAUACUUCCGGUUUGAGGGAAGUUGGUCGUGGUGGUUUUCUUUCGUCAACUUGGUCUUUCUUUUUCUUCAGUUCAGGACUGAUCUGGAAAUCUGCAAAAUGGUUUUCUACUUUCUGAGUAACGUUGUUGACCCACCCAUGAAGAUUUACAUGGGAUUGGACAAAUAUGAAAAUGAAGAGUUGCUGAGAUGGGGAUGGCCAGAAGAUGUUUGGUUUCAUGUGGACAAGAUGUCGUCUGCUCAUGUCUACCUCAGGCUGCCCAAGGGAGAGACAGUAGAGAGUAUACCUGCAGCUGUGCUAACGGACUGUGCUCAACUGGUUAAGGCUAACAGCAUUCAAGGCAACAAGGCAAACAACAUUACUGUUGUCUACACACCUUUCGAGAACCUGAAGAAGACUGCCAAUAUGGACGUGGGACAGGUCGGAUUCCACAAGCAGAGAGAGGUCAGGGUAAUCGCAGUAGAGAAGAGACUAAACGAGAUCGUUAACCGGCUGAACAAAACGAAGGUGGAGAGCCAGCCGGACCUGAGAGCGGAGCGGGAGGAGCGUGACGCAGCCGAGCGACAGGACGCCAAGAAGAAGCUGAAAGAACAGAGGGACCGAGAGAAGGAGGAGGAGAGGAGAAGAAAAGAAGAGGAAGAAAAAAGGAGCUACUCAAACUUGAUGAGAGAGGAAAAUAUGACAUCAAACCAGGAUGUCAUGGAUGACGAAGAUGAUUUCAUCUAAAACAUACCUGCAGUCGGUGCCAGGUGACCCAGGGUGUGCUUCCUGUUGUGUGACAUACCAUGGCAUUUUACCCAACAUCAUCUCCAGUUGUGGACACCAAAUUGACACUGCCCCCUAUAUAACCAGAGAAGUACUGCAGCACCAGACUUUUUUCACAAGGAGUACAACAACUGCUGGGUGCCACAUAUAUUGCCUUUCUGGACUGUUACUGUCGAACAAUGGACUUUGGGCAUGAGAGGCUAUGAUGUACUACAUGGUAGUUAACACAAAUGAAUAUGUAGCUUUGGCUUGCUCAUCAUCGUAGUAUUACUUGUACUUGUAUGAGGGCAGUUCAAUAAAAGUACCAUCAAACUUGAACCACCUUCUGUCACAAGCCACCUUAAAACAGUAUUUGUAAAUUUGUAGAUUACAUGUGUAUUGAAAUACAUAUCUCCAUAGGCCUAUUUUCCUGUUUCCUGAACACCAGUCAGUUUUCCUUUUACAGCUGCUGGGGUGUGUUGAAUUCAGAGCAGUCAUUACUAGCUAGUACAGUCCUGAAUACAUAGUUUGUCAUUAAAGUCUAUAGACUAAAAGGAUAAUUUGUAAGUUGAAACAGUAAUUAGGUAUUUAAAGACGUAUGCGGAUGAACAUGCAAAUCAAAAAUUGGUCUGAUCAGGCACAGCAGAAGCCAUACAGACAGACAGCAACGGAAACGACGGACUGCCCUAAGCAAAAAGGAUGCAAUUUUUAAAAAGACUAGGAAGUGCUCUGAGUUGUUCGUAUUAGUCCAUUGGCCCUUAGUUCAUGCAAACAUUCAUCUAAGUAUUUGAAACAUGUUACAUAAACACAACAGG